AUGGCGGAAAUCUCUAUCGCAAUUGGUUGUGUUGCAGCUGCUGCCUGGCUCAUGGCCUCCGGAGCCAUGGCCCAAGGCGGUGGAUGGGACACCGGAACUGCGACUUUCUACGGAGACAUGAGUGGAAAAGAAACCAUGCAAGGGGCGUGCGGAUAUGGGGAUCUCUUCAAGCAAGGAUACGGGCUGGAGACGGCAGCCCUAAGCACAGCCCUCUUCAACAACGGUGCCACGUGUGGAGCGUGCUACGAAAUCCAGUGCUACAACGACCCGCAGUGGUGCGUCCCCGGCAGCAUCACCAUCACCGCCACCAACUUCUGCCCCCCGAAUCCCUCCAAGCCCAGCGACAACGGCGGGUGGUGCAACCCACCCCGCAAACACUUCGAUCUCUCCAUGCCCAUGUUCGUCAAGCUGGUGAAGGACUACCACGCCGGGAUCAUCCCGGUGCAGUUCCGGAGGGUGCCCUGCGUCAAGAAAGGUGGCAUCAAGUUUGAGAUGAAGGGCAACCCCGACUUCAUCGAAGUGUUGGUCUACAACGUCGGAGGUGCCGGAGACGUCACGGCGGUCUCGGUGAAGGGGUCGAACUCGGGUUGGAUAAAAAUGGAUAGGGAUUGGGGCGACAUUUGGAAGACCAACCAGAAGUUGUUAGGUCAGAGUUUGUCAUUCCAGGUGACCGCAAGUGAUGGGAGGAUGGUGCAGUCUGAUGAUGUUGCCCCGGCCAACUGGAAUUUUGGACAAAACUUUGAAGGGAAGCAGUUCUAA